AUGUCGGCAGCCCAGCGCAUGCCCAUCGUCGGAGGCACACUCGCCAUUGGAGUCACCGGUGCCGCCAUGGCUCUCAUCCCCUCUCUCCGCGAGGCCAUAACUCGAUACCUGGGCAUCUCUGCCCCUGGCGGCAUCUGGCGUAUCCUAGCCAUCUUCUUUGCACUGCUGAGUCUCAAGAAUCUACCUUUUGUCUGGCAUUUCCGCGUCUUCAAAAACCUCAUCUGGCACCUCUACCUGCAACCCCUCCCCCUCAAACCCUCCCACCUCUUCGCACCCAUCAUCACAACCAGCCACAACUCCCUCACCGAAUGCGACUACAACUUCCACAAGUCAAACUCGACCUACUUCUCCGAUUUGGACGUCAGUCGCGCAGCCUUUGUCGGUGUUUUGCUCAAGAAAUCGCUCGCUCGCUUGAAUGGGGGUGAUCUCACUGGUCUACCUGAAGAGGCAAAGAAUGUCAAGGGCACGUACAUCGUAGCUUUGGGGGGAGUGGGCUGCGUGUUCAGAAAAGAGAUUCCCCCCCUCGCGAGGUUUGAAGUGUGGACGCGAUUGCUGAGUUGGGAUGACAAGUGGAUCUACAUCGUCAGUCACAUUGUCAAGCGCGGAGCAAAGAAGCCUUCAAACUAUUUACUCCAAAACUGGAGGAAUGGAGGAGCAGCAAAGCAAAAGAGUCAGGGCAAGAAAGAAGAGGAAAAGAUCAAGUCCAUCUACGCGACCAGUAUUGCCAAAUACGUGGUCAAAAAGGGCCGUCUCACGAUCGCUCCUGAGAUUGUGCUGAGACGGUCUGAUCUCCUGCCCUCGCGGCCUGCCAAUCAACCUCUACCAACCGCUACCACUGCCUCUUCCUCAGACACACCAACCUCGGAGGGAGAAAAGCCAUACAUGUCGAGUCCUGAGAACCUCGUUGCGCAAGUGAUGGGUCAAUUGCGCUCCGAAAACAUGUUUGACAAGGAAGAAGUUGCAAAGGAAGGAGAAAUGACCUGGAAAGAGGUGGAAGCAAAGAGAUUGAGGGGACUAGAGGUGGCAAGGCACUUUGAUGGGUUGACGGCGCUGCAUCAAGAGUGGAAUGCCGAUGAUGAUGUUAUCGGCGAGUAUGGCGAUUUCUUCUGGUAG